AUGUCCGCGCGCGGUGUCCGCGCCCCCGUCGCCGUCGUCGCGAGAGACACGGGGAAAACGUGCGCUCAAAGGUGUCCUGGGGUUCGCUCGAUGAUCGCUCGGAGACGCGCCUUGGUCACCCCGCGCGCGUCGUCCACGGCGAAAGAGGCGGCGGCGACGGUGCGCGUGGAUCUGGGCGAUCGGUCGUAUCCGAUACUCAUCGGGAGCGGGCUUCUGGACGACGGCGUGGCGUUGAGGGAACACGUGACGUCGUCCACGGCGCUCGUGGUGACGAACGAAACCAUCGCAAAGCUCGGGUACCUGGAACGAACGGUCAAAGCGCUGGAGGGAGGAGAUGAGAAGAUUCGCGUGGAAACGGUCGUACUUCCGGACGGGGAGGAACACAAGAACUUGGACGUGCUGAACAUGGUGUACACGCGGGCGCUGGAGACGCGUCUGGACCGAGGGACGACGUUUGUCGCCCUGGGCGGAGGGGUCAUCGGAGACAUGACGGGAUACGCCGCGGCGUCGUACCAGCGAGGGGUGAAGUUCGUGCAAAUUCCCACCACGGUGAUGGCCAUGGUGGACAGCUCGGUCGGGGGGAAGACUGGUGUGAACCACGCGCUUGGGAAGAAUAUGAUAGGGGCGUUUUAUCAACCCGAGUGCGUGUUGAUCGACAUUGACGCCCUGCAGACGCUUCCAGAUCGCGAGUUUGCGAGCGGCAUCGCCGAGGUCGUGAAAUAUGGAUUGAUUCGCGACGGCCCGUUUUUUGAGUGGCUCGAGGCGAACGUCGAUAAGCUCUUGGCUCGGGAUGCGGAUGCCAUUGUAUACGCCGUCGAGCGCUCGUGCAUCAACAAAGCCGAAGUUGUCGCGGCAGAUGAGAAGGAGGGCGGCGUUCGUGCGACGUUGAACCUCGGUCAUACAUUUGGGCACGCCAUCGAGACGGGUCUCGGUUACGGCGAGUGGUUGCACGGUGAAGCCGUUAGCGCCGGCAUGUGUAUGGCGGCGGACAUGUCGCUUCGCCUCGGCUGGAUCGACUCUUCGCUGAAGGAUCGUACCAUCAACCUGCUGAAGAAGUGCAACACCCCUAUCGAAGUCCCGGAGGAGAUGACGAUACAAACCUUCAUGGAUCUCAUGGCUGUGGACAAGAAAGCCGCGAAUGGGAAGCUGCGUUUGAUCCUUCUGAAGGGCCCGCUCGGCGAGUGCGUGUUCACCGGCGACUUCGACCAGACUAAACUGCGUGAAACUUUGGACGCGUACGUGAAGAAGUAA